UAUUAAAUUGACAAUUUCAGAGAACUUGAAAGAAAAAUGGAUCCACUUGACUACAUGACAUCUGAUGUUACUAUGGAAAAUGAAAAUCAAAGUGAUGAUUCUUCAUCUGGAAACAGUGUAUUUAAAACUCAGUGUGUUCCUACUUCACCUAAAUUGAGGCCAAGAAAUCCCAUCAGAGAAGUGCGUUCAUCUAAAGUUGUAGAGUCAACAGAUUCAUCCAGUGACUCGCCUCCAGAACCAAUAGGGAGACCACUGACAUUAAAAGCACUUAUUGAAAAAUUUAAGAAAAAGAAACAUAAAAGGAGAAAAAGGAAAUACAAGGCAACAGGCAGACCAAAAGGAAGACCAAAAGGACAGAAAAACACUAGAGCACAAGUAGAUAAGAAACAAUUUAAAGACAAAGGACCUAGAUUCUCAUUUUUAGAAUCAGAGAAUGGAACUCAGCCCUUACCCUGGAGGAAAAUAUUAACCUUUGAGCAAGCAGUUGCAAGAGGAUUUUUUAAUUACAUUGAAAAAUUAAAGUAUGAACACCACCUUAAAGAAUCUCUGAAACAAAUGGAUGUUGGUGAAGAUUUAGAAAAAGAAGAUCUUGAUACGCGUAGAUACAAGUAUUUGGAUGACGAUGGAUCUAUUUCUCCCAUUGAAGAAUCAGUAUCGGAUGAUGACGAGGCAGCACACGCUGACCAGGAAGAAUGUGAUGUCCAACUGGUGGACAGUAGUUGUUUCAUAGUAAGUUCCGAAUUCCCAAAGCAGAGAAAGGUGAAGUCGGAAAAUAGCAUGAAAGCAGCCGUUUUGUCUCAGAAGAAAGCCUCGAAAGUCAAAACACCUGGACAGAAGGUGGAGCCUCUUGAAAACGAGAUGGGAACAUGACUGGAAGGCUUUUGAACAUAUCUGGAAUAGAAGGUUCAAAAGAAUGGAUCUUGUGAUACAGUAAGUAGUGUACAUUGUGUUCAGAAACUUAUCUGAAAGUCUGGAUGCUAGGGAU